UUAUAUUUAUUUGAUUCUUUAUUACUUGUUAUGUAAACGGGUUAUUGCAGUAGCACACUUUUGUCAUAAAAUGGAAGAAGUCGAUAAAAUAAUUCUUCAAUCGUUCAAGGAAAUCGGUUGCACCUUUGAAGAAGACGUGGUAAGCCUACGGCAGUUCACAGCUGAAAUGGUUGUAGCAUCAGCAGCUCGGUGUAUUAAUGUCAUACAACCAGGACUCGACAUUCCCUCAAAACUGCCUCCUUCCAUGUCCUCGAGGUAUAAACUGGGGACUGUGAUAGCGGAAGCUUGCAUCGAAUUGGGAUAUACUGGAGAGAUUGGUUAUCAGACAUUUCUGUAUGCGUCUGAAGCUGAUGUUAGAAAAGUGUUUAUGUUUCUGGUUGAGAAGUUGCCGAAAGAAUCAGACAAAACGUCUUCACAACCUGAAGAAUCAUCGUCCAGUUUGCGCCAGAGGUUUGCCAUAGCCUUGAGACAGCAGCUGACAAUACCUUACUGUCCCUCGGAGUCUACCUCGGCUUCAACAUCCUUCGUCUCCGUGCCUCUCGAGACUGGAAUCUCUCUCCCCGGCCAGAAGAGGGACUGUACGCCUCAAGAAUGGCGAGAAUACUGUGUUCACCGGUUGCCGUUCCUCCACGAACAAGUUCCGCACACCAGCCUAUUACUCCCCUCCAUCAUCUCACAUCACGCGCAGACCUGUCUCGGACUUCCUGUCUCCUCUGCUACCCCCUCCACUCCCCUCGAUGCAGCCUCUUCUUCCUCUCCACCAGUCAACUCAUGGAUGCAGAUUGCCUCGUCUCUUCUGUACACCAAGGAGCCAAGUAAAAAAUGGGAAAAGAUUCCAGAGAAGGAGGAUAAAGAACCAGAGGUAGAGGAACAAGAGAAGAAUGAUGUUAACGAGCAAGAAGAACUAGAGAGAUUGAGGGAGAGAAUGGACCAGCUUACCGUAGACAUUAAGACUGUAACCAGCAAACUUACUCAGGUGGCCACAGAGAGACAGAAGCAAGAGGCAGUGCUGUCGAAGCGCAAGCGUGAGGCUGACCUGAGACAGACGACGCUAGACUUGCUGCCCGACAGUGCUGCCAACACGAGCAAGCUGCAGGAACUGGUGGAGGAGCAGGCGAGGACUCUACUGAGACUGGGCACUCAGUGGGAGAAACAUCGAGCGCCUCUAGUGGCGCGGUAUAGGGAGGCGCGAGAACGGCUCAGUGACAAGGCCUCAGAGAGUGCCAGACAACUAGAGACAGCCAGACAGACGAGAGAGAGACUGAGGGAGAUGAAGGAAGAGUUGACAGUCAAAGAGGCAUUACAAGCCAGACUGCAGCAAGACUAUGAUAAGCUGUCCAACACUCAAGUCACCAGAACUGCUUACACAAGAAGAAUCCUGGAAAUCAUCGGCAACAUAAAGAAGCAGAGAGAAGAGAUAGAUAAGAUUGUGGAAGACACCAAGCAGUUGCAGAGAGAUAUUAAUAUUGUCUCAGACCGAGUAGAUAGAUCCUUCACUUACGCAGAUGAACUUAUAUUCAGGGACUGUAAACAAGACAACGCGUCUCGUAAAAUCUACAAACUCCUGAUGCAGCUUCAUUCCGAGUGCCGCCAAGUGGUGGAGAUGAUCGAAGAGACGGGCGCCACAGUGAGAGAGAUCAGAGACUUGGAAGAACAGAUUGAAGUGGAGAGGGCGAAAGAUACAGCGUCUAAGUUGGAGAGGAUCUCCGCAGAUCUGCGCCAGAUGAAGCAAGAGUCGACGGCCUUGAGAGCUCAGCUGGCGCGCGCUGGGAGUCCUUCGUGAUAUCAGCUGAUAGAUCUACUGGUACACAUACGCUACACACUGUGAUACGAUACUCAACUGACGGAUCGGAGGCUCAGACUAGUGGAAGUUUCAGAAGUCUACUUCGAAGACGGUGCCAGGUGUUGGUGAAAUCCCUCGUGAAGUCGUAAGUUUAUUUUUGGAAAAUGUUUACUUGAAAAGAUGUUUUAAGUUUCCGUUUGAGAGAGAUAUUUUUUGGAGUAUUUACUGUGAAAUUGUAUUUGACAGGGUUUUGGAGAAAUGGAGCAGCUAGAAAUGUUUUGGGAAAUAUUUAAGAAGUCCUUACAGAUUGUUGGUGAGGUGAAAGUUAUUAUGUAAUGAGUUUAAUUAGUCUUUUUGAUUGAUCAUACAGUGCCAUUAUUGAAUUUUAAUAUCAUAUUGUGCAAAAAAGUGAAGUACACAAUAAAACACUAAGGUGUUCACAUUUUGUAAAAUAAAUUAAUUCCAGAAGAUCGUUCUUGUGGUGAGGAAAAGCAAACAUGGGUACUAGGAUGGAAUGCUGACAUUGGAGUUGUGUAGUUAAUUAUGGUUUGAGACUGGAAAAAGUAUCAAUUAAAGGUCAUAUAGUUUGUUUGUGGAUAAAAUUUAAUACAUAUUUGUGGACACCUUGAAAGUCAAACUGCCAAAAAAAACUUUUUUGCAAGUACUGUAUUUGCCAAUUGCUAUAAUACACUAUGUUCAGCAGAAGAAAAUGCUAGUGCUAUUUUAAAACUUGAAAAGCAUAGUUCAGACAAACUUGAAUUUUGAUUAAACUGUUUAAUGAGUUAUUUCAAUCUUUGAACUACUUGAAACUUUAUACCAUCACAAGACUGCUAUGGCAGUUUAAUUAUUAUUAAAUUUAGCAAACAGGAAAGGUGACUAUGUAUUUGGUACCUUUUUGUGUAUGCAAACUUACAAUUACAAAACGUAAUUUUGUAUCCAUGGAGAAGUAAGGUACAGAGGAAACACUCUUAUGGGACCAGUACGCUUUCAGCACUGGUAUGUUGAGCGGAAAUAUACUUGUGACGGGCAAGGUGGAGACCGAGCGGCAAACACUGUGUUCCUA